AUGCCCAAGGUGAGAUCGGUGUACCCAGCGGAAUGGAACCAACCUGUUUCGCUUGUUUCAUGUCAAACUGUUCUUACUGCUAUCAAGCAAAAGCAGCCUUGGAAAGGCAACCUGGCUUGUACCAGCACUCCGUGGGAAGUCCAGGAACUCAUUGACCUCUACAAAAGCUUGGGACUGUCUCAAGGCUUAACUCUUGUGCUCACUGGACCCACGUGCAGCUGGGUCGGUUCCACUCUUAGUAGAGCCAGGCUCCAAAGGCAGGGUCAGCAGGCCAAAGUUGAAGAUGUCCACUUGCUUUCCUUAGGCACGUCGGCGCCUUGGAAGUCACAUGCGAUCAAAAUUGAAACUGACAAAGUCAAAACUGUCGAGCGUACUCAGGUUCGAGUUGUGGUGCCCGAGCAGUAUCGCUCUCUUUUCAUUUCUGACCCCAAAACUGAAAAGAUUACGGUUAUUUUGGGAGAACUUGCCCAGUGGGGCGUGCGAGCUCACACCCUCACGGGUGGGCGCUGGCAAAGGGAACAGUGGGGACGCAGUAGUGCCCUCAUCGGAUGGCUCAGGCUGACCAAAGCUGAUUGCCAGGUCCUCGUUGGGAAAAGUGGCACCAGAGGCAUCUUUGUCAAUCAGCACCUUGACCCUGCUGCCGACAGACCGUCCUUUUUUUGGAUUUCCAAACAAGCCAGUGAGUCUUCUGAAGAAUAUUUCCAAAGAUGUACCAAGGAAGCUAAGGCACGUGGUCAGCCAAUUUUUUUGCGAAAAGGCCUGGGCAGUGACUUAGGUUUCAGCAGGAAACCUGAGGACCCCGAGGAUCGGCGGCCGAAAGCCGUCGAAGUAUCAGGGGUGCCAGCCCAGUGGCACUCCGACGAAUUGCAGGAAUUCCUGACAGGUCAAGACUGGCGUGAGGUCAGCAUCCUGAAUCGCCACCGACGCAACCGGAAAAUCAUUUGGCUCAUCAGAGCCGUUCCUCCUGUUGCCUUCCCUUAUAACCAAGGUGUUUGGACCUACGAAGACGGGUCCGAUUUGCGCAUCAUUAUUAACGAUGCUGUGCACCGGCCUUAUAUCCCCCAAAAGGUCACAAAUUUGAAGGGGCCACGCAGACAAUGGGCCCCGGGCUCACAAGAGUUUGAUAACCAGGAAACCUCCAGGCGGGGCAGAAGCCCUACCAAAAGGCCUCCCAGAGGCUCCGCAAACAGAGAAAGAUCACGGUCUGCUAAGGCCUCUGAUGACACCAAAGAUUCAAAUGCUCCUGGCGAUGCUUCAGGAGUCACAAGAGCAGACAAGCCUGUUGUGCAGGCUCAGAUGGAAGUUGAUUCUUCUACCAAGGAUUCUACUCAGGCACCAACCAGUUCAAAGCUCGGCAUUGGCGAUUUGCAGGACGCUCUCUGCAAUCAUCAAUGGUCACUUGUGGAUCAAGGUGGCGUUGGCGAUUGCGGGUGGAGAGCUUUGUGUGACAGUUAUUUUUUCUUUACGCAAGGGAAACAGCUGUCCAAUGAAGAAUGCAUCCAUGAGGCCAGUCUUUUGAGGGUCAAAACUGUUCAGCAUGUUCGCAAGUUCCAUGACAGAUACGAAUCUUUUGUUAAGGGGGGAAAAGCGGCCUUCCCUGAUUUUUGUGAAAAAGCACUGGACAAGCAUACGUGGAUUUGCGGCCUACUUCUGCAGGCUGCGGCUGAAGUUUACGGCUGCUGUAUUGUUGUCUGGGAUCAAACGGAUGAAUCUCUGCGCAGAUUUACUUUUGCCCCUGAAUGGAGCAGGACCGGAAUGCCCCGGGUGGUUGUUGACAGCCCAACUCUCGUUGUGCAACGAAAGGGGAAACACUACUGUUCCGUGCGUCCCCCUGACACUGGUGACAGCAGUGACAAACGAACUAAGGUGCCCAGUCACUGGAUGCGGGAGACCGCGCGACCUGAACCUGACGGGUUGGGAGGGGCUGCUCCCCCGGGUGUCUUCAACCCCACUCCCCUCUCUCCUUCUUCUCGGUCCCUGCGCACUGCUGCCGGCUCCUCCUGCGGGUCCUCCUCGCGAUCCACCGUUGCCGCGUGCCCUGUUGGUCCUGCGUCCUCUCGCGUCGCUGCUCGCAGUGCUCCCCGGACCCCUGCCGCGGUCUCUCGCCGUCUGUCCCCCAGCGUGCGAUCCGACCCUGCGUCUCUGCACACGUUGCUUUCCCUGCGCACUGCCUCCGCGUCGUCCUGCUCUGGCGUCUCCCCGGCUCCCUCCCUCCACACUCGUGUUGGGUCCGUGUGCUCUGGUGUGCCCUCCAGCCGUGCCGCGCCUUCUUUGCCCGCCCCCUCGCUCCACACUGCGGUCGGGUCUGUUCUCAGUCCCCCUGCUGCUGCGAGUCUUGGCGUCUCUGCUGCGGUCGUCUCCGGGUCUAGUGCUGCUCAGGCCGUUGCCCCUAGACCUGAAACUGGCCCCCGAAAGCGUCUUUGGGGAAAACAGAAGGUUCACUGGUUUGAUGAUGAACAAGAUCUCAGUGGUGUUUCGAUUCAUGACCCUGCUGAUGUCACUUAUGAGGAUCCCACUGAUUUCAGGCCCACCAAAAAAGAUUCGAGACCGUCCCGCCAGCAACGCUGGUCGACGAUCCAGUGGGUUUGUCCUAUUUGCAAACAAGAAAUGGAACUGUCAGGUCAUGACAAAGCUUACAAGAAAAGGGCUUUGCAUCUCCGAAACGCUCAUAACACCAAACUUUCGAUGGUUGGUCCCUCCAUCAGCGAAAAAAUUUCCCUGGGCCACAAAACUGGGGGAAAACAUGCCGCAGCCAAAAAUGGUGCCAUGGCUUCUCAACGAGCCUUUGUUCGGGCCAAAGCUUUGGCCCAAGACCAUGACCAUGACAUGCGUCACUGCACCUCGCAUGGUUUGUUUGAUGCUUUCAAGAAAACUUGGUUUUGCACCAAAUGCCUUAACCACCAGACUAGUCGACUCAUGGCCUCCAUUCCUUGCAGUCCUGCCACUACUUGGACUGCCAGGAAAGCCCGGUGGUGGCAGGCUCUGCCCGACGGCACCAGGAACAGAAUUCGACUUGUGGCCGGCUGGACUAAGGAACAUUUUGACCGCAUUGAGCAGAUGUGUGCUCAAAUUGUGGCUGAAGCCAAGCCCCAGAAUUUUUUCUCUAACAGAAUUGCGCCUGACAGCAAGCGUAAACUCAGUGAACGCAUCAAAAAGAACAAUGCGACUUGGCGCAAGGAAAAUGGGCUCCCUGACGACUCUUCCGGCACGGGAGGUCUGUGUAAUGGUAAGGUUGCACCUAUGCGCCUUGCUAAGCGCACUGGGGUCAAACGCAGACGAUACAAACAAGCCACUGAAUGGCUCAGGGAUUUAACCAAGGACGGAGACGUUGAGAGCAACCCGGGACCUACCCGCCGUCGGCGAGUGCAGACUUCUUUUCCUCAUUUAAAAGUUUGGCCGUGCAAUUUGAAUGGGUUCGGCCCCCGCGGCUGGGAAUUCGUUGCGCAAGCGGAAAAAGACCAAGUUGAUAUCCUUCUCAUUCAGGAAAUGCGGCUCAAGGAAGUCGACCUCAAAGGCAUGACCCAUUCGUUGACCGGCUGGUCGCUGUUUUAUUGCACUGAGGCUCAGGAACGCACUGUCCCCCAUGGCGGGGUGGCCGUGCUUACCAAGGUCACACUGCCCGCUGUGCGGGCUGCUGCUCACAGUGAUGUGGCCGGCCAGUGGAUCCGGGUCACUCUUCCUGGGCUUCAGAUUUACAGUGUUUAUCAGCGGCCGGGCAUUAGUUCGGACGAAAGGGAUUCUUUUCAUCAAAGCAUUUCUCAAGAUUUCAUGGGAUUAGGCCCUUCUCCCUGUCUUGUGGCUGGCGAUUGGAACCAUGACCCUGUUACUUCUCCUCUUCGCCUCUUCCUUCACGAUGCCUGUGUGUGUUUUCCCUCAUUUGCUCCUGAUCCUGAAGAUCCUGACGCAGUCAUGCCUGCGCCCACUCGGUGGGAUGGUCAGGCUUGCAUUGACUGGGGGAUCUGCAGAAAGGUCACUUGCGAUGUUGAAAUGUUGCUGGAUCGAUGGGCCGACCAUCGAGUUCUGGCCUGGACCCUUUAUGAUGUCGGAAUCUCAGCUGUUAAGCAACUCAGGUUGACUCCUCGUCCGAACCUUUGCAAACCUGAUGUCCUGUCUGAAGCAACGUGGCAAGCUCAGCUCACUGAAAGUUUCUUGGCUCGACAGUAUCAACUUUCUGAAGCUCCGAGCUGGGAGCAGCUUUGCUGCUUCACUGAAACUGUGGUUCAAGAGGCGCUUCUCGCUCAAGGGGUUGCGCGACGUCAGCCUACAAACUCCCACAAAGGACACCCUGCCAAAACCGAGCAAGUUGUCAAACAUCACAGAACCCUUACUACUGGUGAGAGCACCAUCAAACUGACCAGACUCCGGCGGUUUUGGCGUCGGGCUCAAGCUUGGCACACCCAAGGUUUCCGUGACAAUCGCCUUCGCGAUGCCUUGCUUCGCGAAGCCGCCCAUUUUCGUUGUCCAUUUCAUCCUCUUAGCAUCGCUUGCUCUUCGGAUUUUCUGCAAUGGCUGGCUGAUGAGAUCGAAGCUGACACCCAGAACUGCGUGAAACAGCGCCUGCAAGCCUGGCGCCGUAAGAUGCAGCAAGAUGCGGCCCCUUGGAAAUGGCUCUCGCGAUACAAGAUUUCCAACAAAGUGUCUUUCCUGGCCGACUCUGCUGGCUGUCCCCUUGCCGGACAAACCAUGUUCGACGAAAUCGAAAAUACCUGGCGGCAAUACUGGCCUCAAAACCCUAGGCAGGAGGAGCUGGACAACAUGGCCCGGCUGCACGACACCGCACCUUGGCCUAACGGCCCUGCUGCUCCCGAUUUGCCUCCCCUGCGAGGAAUCCAAUUCCGGGCCAAAGCUCGGGACGCCGUCAAAAAGGCUUCUGGCCCUGAUGGAUGGCGUGGCGAUGAAAUCAUGCACCUCCCCGAGGGCCUCCUUCAGCUUUUCGCCAACUUCUUCAACCAACUUGAAAGCGGUUCCCAGUCUUGGCCUACGGCUUUACUGCAAUGGCGGCAGGUUUGCAUUCCAAAGCCUUCUGGUACCGGGUUGCGACCCCUGAGCAUUGGUUCUGUGUGGUAUCGUAUGUGGAGCAGCAUUCGUAUCAAGCAGAUGUCCCAGUGGAUUGUCGAUCGUGUUGGUCCUCAUUUCCAUGGUGGUGUCAAACAGCGCGGCACCGUCAGUGCCCUCCUCAAACCUCUUUGUCUCUUGCAGAAGACCCAGAAUGAUGAUUCUCAGCCAGGCCGGCACCGCCGCCUUGCUGCCCGCCGGCGCCUGCUGCGAUGGAUUGGUGCUGCUGAUUUGUCCAAGGCCUUUGACCGGCUUCAUGUGGCUCUCGCUGGUCCUGCGCUGAAGCGCAUGGGGCUCCCCGCUGCUUUGGUGGAUGCUUGGACCGCUGCUUGGAUUCAUCAGAUGCGAUUCCUUCAAUUCGGUUCCCAGACCAGCAAAGGUGCUGUCAGAAACAUCAGCUGCCUCCCUCAAGGGGAUCCUUGUUCCCCUCUUGCCCUCUUGGGGGUCCUGGCUGAAGCUCUGUGGCGGCUGCAGAAGAAGCAUCCGGAGCGUACUCAUGGGCCUACUGUGUGGCGCAUCUACAUUGAUGACCGCUCUUGGUUUUGCGCUCGCAUGAAAACCUGCCUUAGCAUUGGCAAGGGUUGGAUUGAGGAGAUGAAGCUCCUCCACAUGGAUGAAAAUGCCUCCAAGGCUGACUAUGCUGUCGUGGGCCCUGCUGCCCUGGGCAAGAAGAUGUGCGAAGAGCUGCGGCGGCAGGGCAUGCCGGGCGAAGUUCGCACCCGUCCCAAACUGCUCGGCACCAGGAUCGAAACCAAGAGAACUUUCUCCAAAGCUCAAGAAGAAGAAGUGGUGCGAUUGCAGCGCGCGACCGCCAUCGCCAACAACAUUGCUUCCAUUCCCGGCAGUGUUCACUUGAAGACUACCUGGCUGCAGGGUGCUGCUGUUUCUCUGGCUAGCGUGGCCGUGGUUUCUCGCCUCCCUGCUCUUCGAGACCUGACCUCUGCUCAUCGGGCUAUCUCUCGCGCUUUGGCUUCUUCUGGCCACAGCAUGAUGGGUCCUUUGUUCACCCUUUUCCAUGGUCACAAAGUCAACUUGCGCUACCAAGUUGGCAACUACAUGGCUGAGGUGGUCCUGAAGUCUCACACGGAUCCUGAUGUUCGCAAAGCCUGGAACGCUGCCCUUACUCGCAGCAACGGUCCUGUGCAACUCUUGCGCAGAUGGAUGAAACGUCAGAAAUGGCAUGAACUUGGCCCCUGGAAGUGGUGGCACCCUGAGGCUCAAUGGGGGCUCUGCCGCCCUUCUGCUGCUCGCAGCUUCCCGGCCACUUGUGUUGGCCGCACGCUGCUCUUUGAUGACAACCACGAGGAGCUUCGACAUGUUCUCAGAGAUGCUUGGCGUGCUACACUCUGGGAACGAUGGAAGAAGUCUGCUCCCUACAAAUCCAGAUCUUAUCACUCUAUGCUUUGGCGUGAUGUUGCCGAUCGUUUCAAUUUGGCGCGAACCAUGCUUGCUCAUUUGCCUGCUCAUCUUCUUGCUCAUGCUUGGGCGGUCGUCUGCGGACAUGUGGUGAGUCAAGCUCAAUACCACGGCGACCCCACUCGUGAUCGAUCUGACCGUGACCGUAUUUGCUGGUUCUGUCAAAAAGAAACCAUUCCGACAUUUCUCCAUGCCAUGUGGGAGUGUGAUGCACCGCAGUUUGCGGAAAGACCUGUGUUGCCGACUUGCAGUUUGCAACUCCACUUAGGUUGGCCUGAUCCAACUAAGGAUAUCUUGACCAAGACGAUCGAGGCGAGCACCGUGGACUCCAGCCACCUUCGCAUCAUGCGAUUCAUGCGUUUGGCUCGUGCUUUGCGUGGCGUUCGUGUCAUGAGACUCGUGCGCUUUAUCGGCGCCCUGCGAUCAAUUGUUUUUGCUAUCCUCAGUACGCUUUGGUCAUUAGUUUGGACUCUUGUGCUUUUGGUGCUGCUGUUCUACUGCUUUGCCGUAAUUCUGGCUCAAUUAGUAUCAGACCACUGUCGCUUCAGCGUGGCGCCUUGUGAUCUCAUUCUAAAACGACAUUGGGCCAGCGUGCCAGAAAGUAUGCUGACUCUGUUCCUGUCCAUUUCUGGCGGUCUCAGCUGGACUGAAGCUUUGGAGCCCUUGCGUACAGUCUCCAGCGUGGCAUUUUCUUGCUUUAUCAUUUAUAUAUUUAUCACGAUCUUCGCUAUUCUGAACGUGGUGACGGGGGUGUUUUGUAACAACGCAAUCGAAAGUUCCAAGGCUGACAAGGACAUUGCCAUCAUGAAGCAAAUAGAAUGGCACAAGGGACAACUGCGUGCUCUCAAAGGUGUUUUCAACGAAAUCGACAAUGAUCAGUCCAACAAGGUCAGCAUCAGUGAACUGGAGGUGGCACUAUCGCAAGAAAAGCUUUCCAGCUUCAUGGAGUCCAUGGCUAUCUCAACGCAAGAUAUCUGGACCCUCUUCCUGAUCUUGGAUGCUGACGGCAGUGGUGAAAUAUCCUUCGAAGAAUUUGUCUCGGGGUGUAUGCAGCUACAAGGACCCGCUCAAAGUGUUCAGCUUGCACGAAUGCGCUAUGAGAACAAGGUCAUGCGCCAGGAACUUCGUCAUGUAGGCCAUGGACUUCAAAAAUUGGAGUCUAUAGUGGCAUUGCACUAUGGAACUUAGUCAUCUCAGUCGGUCCCUGACUCUCUGGAUUUGUUCUCACAAGAGGUCAUGCCAAGUUCAGAAAUGAAUGGUGUAGCUGAAGAUGUGAAGGCUUUGCUUUGACUUCUCUGCAUACACUUCGCGUCGAAGAAAA